GGCUGGCCCCGCCUCUUCCUCUCGGUCCCAUAUUGAACUCGAGUUGGAAGAGGCGAGUCCGGUCUCAAAAUGGAGGUAAAACCGCCGCCCGGUCGCCCCCAGCCCGACUCCGGCCGCCGCCGCCGCCGCCGGGGGGAGGAGGGCCAUGAUCCAAAGGAACCAGAGCAGUUGAGAAAACUGUUUAUUGGUGGUCUGAGCUUUGAAACUACAGAUGAUAGUUUAAGAGAACAUUUUGAGAAAUGGGGGACACUCACAGAUUGUGUGGUAAUGAGAGACCCCCAAACAAAACGUUCUAGGGGCUUUGGUUUUGUGACUUACUCUUGUGUUGAAGAGGUGGAUGCGGCAAUGUGUGCUCGACCACACAAGGUUGAUGGGCGUGUUGUGGAACCAAAGAGAGCUGUUUCUAGAGAGGAUUCUGUAAAGCCUGGUGCCCAUCUAACAGUGAAGAAAAUUUUUGUUGGUGGUAUUAAAGAAGAUACAGAAGAGUAUAAUUUGAGAGACUACUUUGAAAAGUAUGGCAAGAUUGAAACCAUAGAAGUUAUGGAAGACAGGCAGAGUGGAAAAAAGAGAGGAUUUGCUUUUGUAACUUUUGAUGAUCAUGAUACUGUUGAUAAAAUUGUUGUUCAGAAAUACCACACUAUUAAUGGGCAUAAUUGUGAAGUGAAAAAGGCCCUUUCUAAACAAGAGAUGCAGUCUGCUGGAUCGCAAAGAGGUCGGGGAGGUGGAUCUGGCAACUUUAUGGGUCGUGGAGGAAACUUUGGAGGUGGUGGAGGUAAUUUUGGCCGUGGUGGAAACUUUGGUGGAAGAGGAGGCUAUGGUGGUGGAGGUGGUGGCAGCAGAGGUAGUUAUGGAGGAGGUGAUGGUGGAUACAAUGGAUUUGGAGGUGAUGGUGGCAACUAUGGCGGCGGUCCUGGUUAUAGUAGUAGAGGGGGCUAUGGUGGUGGACCAGGAUAUGGAAACCAAGGUGGUGGAUAUGGCGGUGGUGGAGGAGGAUAUGAUGGUUACAAUGAAGGAGGAAAUUUUGGAGGUGGUAACUAUGGUGGUGGUGGGAACUAUAAUGAUUUUGGAAAUUAUAGUGGACAACAGCAAUCAAAUUAUGGACCCAUGAAAGGGGGCAGUUUUGGUGGAAGAAGCUCGGGCAGUCCAUAUGGUGGUGGUUAUGGAUCUGGUGGUGGAAGUGGUGGAUAUGGUAGCAGAAGGUUCUAAAAACAGCAGAAAAGGGUUGAAUGAGAACCCUACUUGCCUAAAUGAGGAAUGUCUUUCCUACCAUCUUAAAUACGAAGGUUUCUGGCUGGGUAAGGUUUGUAGUUCACAGUAAAACCUGAUGACACCAUUUAUUUCCCUACAAGUCUAUAUUACAUAUUUUAAAACGUUGUCCUUCUCUAGUAGGUACAUUGGCAAAAAUAUUCAGGUGAAAACUAUCUUGGUACCAUGUCCAACACAUUUUAAACCUUAGUUUUAAGAAUUCCCCUGCAAUAGCCAUGAGUGUACAUCUUGAGUCAGAUGUGGCCCCUUCAUGUGUACAAUUCAUUGUUAGUAUCUUCAGAGUAAAGUCAAUUUUUGGUAAGAGAACGUAGCCUCAACUUUUUUGAAAACAGUUUUUGUAAUAAGCAUGACUUGUAACAGACUCAUUAAGUUGCCAGUUCUAGCACUAGGAAUGACACCUUCAAAUGAAUUUCAAAAUUAUCAAAUGAUAAAGAUAUAAAAAUGGUCUUCAUUCAAGUGGCCUCAUAUAAAAGCAUACUUGCAUAUAAAUUCAGGGAAUUAGUAGGGCAAAUAGGAUAAAUUUUGUUUUGGUUAUUGACCAGGAGCACUGAAGGCCUGAUUAUGUUAGUGCUCGUUUUUAAAAAGAUCUUUUCCCAAAGAAUGCUCAACUAUUCAGAUUAGUUGCUGAUUAUUUUUAAGGGCUGUUUUUGCUGUCCCAAAAGGGCUUAUUAAAGGUUGAGGUUAAUGUUGAUUUACCUUUUUUUUUUUUUAAAUACACUUCAGGGGAUAGAUGCUCAAAAUACAAGGUAGUUUCUAAGUUAUAAGUAAAUCAAUUUCUGCAUGAACAGGAGUAGUCAGUUUGUCAGACUUUAUUCUCCGAAAAUGAUUGGUUGGCAUUUUAUCUAAAUCAGGACUGAAUUUCUAUGCAUCAUCAUAGAGUGAACUGUUGAAUAAGGUGACAGCCUUUUAAUGAUAAAUUUCCUUGGCAACAUGGUUUUUAGUAGAACAAAUUUCCUAAGAUAGGAAACAUUUUUCUUUUUCUAAAGGCAUUGUUCUUUCCAGUCUUUCUAAUUUUUUUAUGAAAUAAAAUUAUUUUACUUAAAUGUAGUUUUAUUGUCAUUUCUGAAAAAUACAAUGUUCUCUUAAGUUUGUAGCACCAGUAAGGAAAUUGUUAUGUAAAUGGUAAAUGCUUGAGGUAGAGACUUUUUUAACUGAUGUUAAAACAGUUUGUAGGUUAUUGCUUCUAAUAACUACAUUUCUAAAACUAAAUUUUCACACAUGUCCUAAAGAAUAUUUAUGUGGUAAUAAAGUCCAUUUGUUAAGGAAAUAAUUGAAAUAGGCUUGGUUUCAAGAGUUCUGGUAUAUAUUAGUCACAAUUCCAAACAUGUCUGAUAAUGACGAUAUCACUUGGAGUUCCAGUAAUGUCACAAAGUAGUGAAUAAGCAUGCUAAUGUGCAGGGGUAAUAUGAGGUUUGUUAGCCUACCUAAAUAUUUAAAAUCACUUUUAAAACUUCCGUCUGUUUUAUCUGGUUUUUAAGACUUCAGAGGUGGUCUGUAAUGGGUUCAAAUGUUUCAUUUGUAGUAUAAUGAAAUGUUUACAGAAAGAUAACUUUUUCAUUAAAAUAUUUUUAGAAAUGUGUGUGUUGUUUUGUCACUUCACAAUGUUCAUGUGACUUACACUAUCAGUGGAUAUUUCGGCCUACUUUACCUAGUAAGUAAUAAAACAUCAGGAAACUUUGAAUGAGCCUUUAUCAGUUAUUUAAAAAGUUGUGGAUUUUAUUAAAUAGAAAACAAAAAACAGCCAUGGGAAGUAGGUGUGGAAGAAAAUAUUUAAGUUUAUUGCCACAUACUGUUUAAAAGGACUUAGGUCUUGAAGGGCAGAAUACUGGGGUGUUUGUGUAUGAGGAAUCUAUUGAGGAGGAAAAGAACAGGAUAAUUAGGCAAGUGAGUGAAGACAGCUGGGAGAAGUGAAGGGGAAUUCCAGACUGAAGUAUCUAGAGAGGCAGUGGACUAAUUGAAUACUGUGAGGAGGGUGAGUUGGGGAAGAGCUUACAUGAAAUUAAGUGGUCCUAAAACUACACUGUUGCACUUUGUCCCAAACAAAAAGGGUGUGAUAAAUGUCAUGUCUAGCUUGAUAAACUUGUGGUGUAGGUCUUUGAUAAUUUAAAUGUAUUUUCUUCAAUAAAAUUAUUUUUUAUGGUA